AGAUGAAUUUAGGAGUACUAGUAGUUCUUGGGUCUGAGACAACUAGACUAAUUUACCAUAAAUAAAUGAAAGGCCAAUACAAAUGUGAAAAAAAUAUAACGCUAGCUAGUCUAAUAUAGUUAUCUCAUCUCAGACUGAAUAAACGAAGGUAGAAUAUCCAUGGGAAGGUUCAAAUGUAUCAACCAUCCUAGCUAAUGCAGACGAGCUCUACACUUGCCUGGUUGGACAGCUGGAGUUUUUUUAUUCGCAAUUUGUCCCAUCCUUUUUUGCUUAAGGAUAAAUACACCAAGAUAACUAGGCUCGUAAGUGGCUCGCCGGGCACAGAAAAUGUCGCCAAAUUAUGGGGUACUUGUCAGAGAGGCCACUUUACUGCUUGACAAGUUCAACGCAGACAAAUAUUGUGUUGAGGAUUACACAGAAGAGGCUUGCAAGGCCAUGGAGAAUCUGGAACCUUCUGACAAGAACUUCAUACUUGACACUGUCUCCGGAUGCAUUGAGCACAAAAAAUUGAUGGACAUUGUCCUUGAUGUUUUCUUUGAUCAGAAGGGUAAAUGCUUAUUGAAGGCUGAUCGCAAUCAGUUUGCUGUUAUCUGUUAUCUUGCUGUGUUCGUCCUUGAUGAUCUUGGACUUCAGUGUUUCAGCAAGAUUGUUAAAUCUCUGGACAUCAAGAAGAUGCACAGUUUCCUCGGUUUCGUAUUCAACGUCACAAACAUCAGCACUUGGAUGAAAGGCGAGUGGAGUCAUAUUUAUGAUGCUGAUUAUGUGGAGAAUAACUGGAUUGCUCCACUUUUAAGGUGGCGCCCUGAGAUUGAGGUUCUGAUAAAUCAGCUCGCCGCUAAAAUGUCUCAAGCGGGGCAGAUCAAGAAAGCUCCCACAAAAAUCACUGAGCCCCAAGAGUUUUCUCUUACAAAACCUAAACAUCGUCCUCUCCCGGUUCCUGAACCGAUUCCCCAGCAGGAGAAAUGCCAUGCGGUGCCAACCACCACUUACAGACCUCCAAAAGAGAAAGAAGCCUUAGAGAAAGUGAAACAGAGGAACCGACAGAAGGCUGAGCAAGUGCUAUUCGAGGCAAACACUCAACAGUUCAAAUGUGCAAACCCAGAAAAGUCUGAGGUUACCAAGAGUGUGAUAUCCCAGAUCAAGCAAAGCCAUGAUUCCCAGCUCAAGUGUGAUUUAGUUCACUCCUCUGGGACACCUGCAACCCACAAGACUAACAGCUUGCCCAUCAGGCUCAACACCACAGCCAUACUGCGAGAGGGAGCUCUGUACAACCGCCAUGUUGAGGAGGAGCUAAACAGAAUCGAGCGGCUGGUUGAGGGGGCGCGCGAGCCGUCUGCGUUCCUGCAGUGGCAGAGGGAGAUGAGAGAGCAGGACUUGCAGGCGGAGCUGGCCCAGGUGGAACAGCGCCGCCUGCAGGGACGGAUCAGCUACGAAGAGGCCGCUUUGGCCCGCGCACGGAUCAUGGAGCGCAACCAAAAGACUGCCCUGCUAAAGAAGGAAGAGACUGCCAAGCUCAUGCAGAGAUAUGCCCGCAAGAGGUUGCAAGAGGAAAAAGACAUAAAGGACCUGGUGAAACAGGUGGCAGAUGGACACAAGAACUCCAAAGCUGCCAAAGUGAAGUUGCAGGAGCUCAAACAGCGUAUAGCGAAGGAAGUAUCCGUGCAAAAUCGCGAGCUCUUACAGCAGGCCUUAGAGGAAGCCCAGGAAGAGCUGAGCAGAAGGUUACAGAUAAUCUGUGAGAUACGGGCUUUCGAAUCUGUGCCCCACCUCAGGCACACCUUCAUGGAUGAGACAGAGACGGCAGGGCAUCGCCUGCUGGGGGAGAUGUCCCUGGCUGAGCUGAGGGAACGCCUGGCCGUGCUGAAGGACGCAGAGGGGAAGGAGCAGGAGGACAGGAGAGAGCGCAUCCUGCUGGAGAAGCAGAACAAGGAGCAGCUUCUGCUGGAGCAUCUGGACACUAUCGCCCUCCACAGGACGGCACUGGGACAGGCGGCGGAACGCAGGCUGGAAGAGAAGAAAGCAGGCCAGGGCCUGCAGCAGGUUGUGGCCAAGAAUGACAAGGUGCUGGCCCUACAGAGGAGGCUGGAGGAGAGACGGCAGGAGCGACAGAGGCUGAAGCAGAACGAGAAGACCAGGGCCAAGACUGCAGAGCGAGCCGCUCAGCACGCUCUCAGAAGCUGGAAUCACAAGAAGCUGGCACAGGAGGAAAAACACUGGGGGGCUUUGGAACAGAGCUUAGAGCGCCACAUCAAGCAGCAAGCUCCUGAUUCAGUCUCCCACAGGAAAAUACUAAAGGCUUAGAAAUUAAACCCCUCUUUAUAAGAUCUAGAUUUGAUAUUUGGCUGUAUUUAUACAUCAGCAAUGACACGAGGGGAAAACUUUGAGAUUUGAGUAGUGGAAAAGUUAGUUGAAU